UUGAAAUCUUCGACACAAACUCGUUUCGAGCAGCUACAACACGAGGCAGUGCAAGUGUGGAAAAAUAAACAAAAAACAUCAAAAAGUAACGCAGCAUAACUCGGUGUCCAGUGAAGUGUUAUAGUUAUUAUUAUCCAAAAUGGCUUAUACGUUGUUCAUUAUAGAAAUAAUAUCGGCGUUCGUCCUAGCAGCCACACUCUUGUAUCGAUAUGGGGACUGUUAUAGAAACCACAUAUUGGUCACUAUGUCUGUUCUUACAGCAUGGUACUUUUCCUUUGUUAUUAUGUUUAUAUUACCUUUGGACAUAUCUUCAACAGUGUACCGCCAGUGCCUCGACACAGCAAAUGCUGGGCUAACUACUGUAGCUCCACAGAUUAAUAUCACUAGCACAAUAGCCCCACCAGAUAAUCAUUGUCAGAAACCAUGGAGCUAUGUGCCAGAUGCUGUGUUUCCCAACCUGUGGAGGGUUGUGUAUUGGACAUCACAGUGUUUGACAUGGCUCAUUAUGCCAAUGAUGCAAUCAUACAGCAAAGCAGGGGAUUUCACUGUAAAAGGAAAGCUGAAGUCAGCCCUAGUUGACAAUGCCAUCUACUAUGGCUCAUACCUACUCAUCUGUGUUAUACUUCUCAUAUACAUAGCGUUGAAACCAGGAGUAUAUUUAGAUGGACCUAAGAUAAAAGCCAUAGCAUCAUCAGCGAGUAACACAUGGGGCUUAUUCCUAUUGAUCUUGCUUCUUGGUUAUGCUUUGGUUGAAGUACCAAGAAACUUGUGGAACAACUCAAAGAAGAAUUACACUUUGACAUACAGUUACUUCAAGGUAGCUAAAUUGAGUACUGACAAGUGUGAGGCUGAAGAAACAGUAGAUGAAAUAAUAGAGACAUUAAACUCAGUGACAGCAGCCGUGGGACCGGGUCACCCACUACAUAGGCAUGUGGAAACGAUAGUGCAAAAGCUGCCAAUACAGCUGCGAGACAAGCUGAAUUCACGGGCGCCGCCGGAAAGACCAACGGCCCCGUCUUUCAAAAGUCUUGUAAACUUGCACAAGAAAACGAUCAAAGCGUUGCACGUGCUGCAACGCACGGAGACGCAGUGGGGGUUGAUGCUGGAGCGAAUCUUCCACCUGGAAGACGUGGCGGCCAACGCGCGCUCGCCCGACCACCGCUUCCAGCACACCUUCCACACGCCGCGCCCCCGGCUGCAGCGGCUGCUCUACCCACCUAUCAUUGAAUGGUACUGGGAGUGCCUCCUUAAGCAGUACUUCCUGAAAGCCAUGGGCGUGGUAACUUGCGUGCUGUCGGUGGCGGUGGUGUGGUCGGAGCUCACGUUCUUCUGCAAGAAGCCCGUGCUGUCCAUCUUCGCGAAUAUCAACAACGCGGCUAAGGACAGCUACAACUAUGCCGUUAUCGUCUCGGUAUCAACGCUAGUGAUCGCAUACAUGUUCUACUGCGCGUACUCGACUGUUCUCAAGAUCCGCCUGCUCAACCUGUACUACCUGGCGCCGCAUCACCAAACCAACGAGUACAGCCUCAUAUUCUCCGGCAUGAUGGUGUGUCGCUUGACGCCGGCCAUGUGCCUCAACUUCCUCAGCCUCGUGCAUAUGGACUCGCACGUCAUCAAAGAAAGGGUCAGGGAGACCUUUUACACCCAGAUAAUGGGUCACAUGGAUGUCCUGGGUAUAAUCGCGGAAGGAUUCAACAUAUACUUCCCUAUGCUGGUGGUCAUACUGUGCCUGGCCACGUACCUGUCCCUGGGCAGUCGGCUGCUGUCGCUGUGCGGCUUCCAGCAGUUCGUGGGCGAUGACGAGCUCACUACCGACUUGGUAGACGAGGGCAGGGAAAUCAUGAAACGAGAAAAACGCAAACGGCAACGUGCUGAAGAAUCUAUGGCGCGGCGUCGGGACUACAGCGAGCGCUUCUCUAACUACAGGUCUGCCAGAGACGAGCAGGACGGAGCCCGCACCGGGCUCCUCAACGACGUCGACUCAGACUACUACGUCACGCCCAACUCCGACCAGUCGUACAAGCAACCUGACCCGACGUACGCCCGACCGGAGCUCAGCAUAGAGGACGAGCUCGACCAACGGUUCGGGGACAGCACCCUGCCUGCCGUGAGGACGGAGUUCGACGGCAGGCGACGGGAGAAGAUGACCAUGCCGCCGAGGGGCCUGUUCGACGAUGUAUAAACUCUUAUCCUUAAGGCGCAUGAGACGGGUCUGCCCGCGAAAUUCAAAUUUAAUUUGGUUUUUCGCAAUUUGUAAAUUAAUACGGCAAAGUAGGCUUAUGGCAUUCUAAUUCCGACAAUGGCAGUAUCA